AUGAAAAAAACAAAUGACCAACAUCUGACUCCUCGGUAUGCGGGUAAAUUUGCAUAAUACAGAAUGAACUUGACAGUUUCAAAAAAUAAAUCAAGCUUUUAAAAUUUUUGUUUGGAGUAUAAAAAAAUAUAAAAUGUGUGAAAGAUAUAAUAUAAACAAAAUUUAAUGAAUUCAAGUGUUGCUUUAGGUAUUCAUUGUAACUGUCGCCAAUCGGGCCCCAAUAGGUAUGACAUUUGUACAAGCCGUUUUACAUCAAAGUUUCAGGGAGACUAAAGAUGCAAAACUAAUGUUAUCUUCAGAGUUGGUAAAGAAACGUCAUUUUCAUUUUUACACGAUCGACCGAGUUAACUCGGUGGCCAACGCCGGAUGGAAGACUUGGCCAAGUUUGUUUUUACUUUUCUUAACUUGCCACAGGCUGUUUAAACUAUUAGUCUCAUUAGCUUAUCUUUAAAUACCCUUUUCCAGUUUAGUUUUUUAAUUUUAAAAAAUUUUUAGAAAAGAAGCCGAUAUACCGCCAGAAUCAGGAGGAACCAGCGAUAUUGACAAGCUUCCACCAGGUUCUGACAUUGAGAAAGAUUCUUCGGAGAAAACCCCUUUGGUACGAUCAGAUACUACGUUUCUGUACAGUAUUACUACAAUUUUAUACAGUAUAUUUUUGUUACAUUUUGGUAUACCUACAGGUUAUUUAACACAGGUUCCUUUGAAUUUUGAAAAGACAUUAUUUUGAUAUUUAGACUGGCAAAACAUCGAAAAGAACGUCAUCGAAACGAACAGACAAGCUCGCCAUCGAUGUCAGGAACAGCAGAUCAGGCGACAGCAGAACCCUUACGAAUUCAAGUGUCCAAAGGUUAAUUUUAAAAUGAUUUUAUCUUACUUAUGAGUAUAUUAUACCUACUUCUUGAUUUUUAGACCAAAAUUUGUUUUUAUUACCUAAAAUUUUAAAAUAUGUAUAUGGUUUUUUCGUAUAAUUAAAAAAAUAUGUGAUAGUAUCAAAUGAAGAUUAAAAAAAUAACAAAGGUUACUGUAUUUUUGUACAAUUACUAAAGUUACCGUAAUUUUAGGAACUCCUUCAAAAACUACCGUGUCAUCGUCUACGUGGUGCUGGGCGUGUUCGUAGGACUGAUUGUGAUUGGAACGAUAAUCGUCAUCGUUUUCUGUGUCUAA